AUGACCAUAACGGGUAGAAUCACUUCCAUGACCAUAACGGGUAAAAUCACCUCCACGACCAUAACGGGUAGAAUCACCCCCACGACCAUAACGGGUAGAAUCACCUCCACGACCAUAACGGGUAGAAUCACCUCCACGACCAUAACGGUUAGAAUCACCUCCACGACCAUAACGGGUAGAAUCACCUCCACGACCAUAACGGGUAGAAUCACCUCCACGACCAUAACGGGUAGAAUCACCUCCACGACCAUAACGGGUAGAAUCACCUCCACGACCAUAACGGGUAGAAUCACCUCCACGACCAUAACGGGUAGAAUCACCUCCACGACCAUAACGGGUAGAAUCACCUCCACGACCAUAACGGGUAGAAUCACCUCCACGACCAUAACGGUUAGAAUCACCUCCACGACCAUAACGGGUAGAAUCACCUCCACGACCAUAACGGGUAGAAUCACCUCCACGACCAUAACGGGUAGAAUCAGUCGUUUGUGUCUCCAGGAGGGAGAACAACUGUUUGGGGAAUAA